CCUCCCUCCACCACCACACCUGCACUCCAUCCACAUCCAUCAGACCAACAUGGGACACAAGAAGAUCCGCACCGCCCUCAAGGUCGAUCUUGAGAAGCCUGCCUGGGAGCAGCCCGGCUUGCAUAACAGAUGGCACCCCGACGUCCCCGCGUGCGGUAAAAUCGCCAACAACGAAGUCGUCAAGAUUGAAUGUCUCGACUGGACCGGCGGACAAAUCAAGAACAACGAUUCCGCAGAUGACAUCCAGAACGUCGACCUGACCCAGAUCCACUACCUGUCGGGACCAUUCGACAUCGAAACCGCCGAACCGGGUGACGUUCUGCUCGUGGAGAUCCAAGACGUCCAGCCGUUCGAAGAACAGCCGUGGGGAUUCACCGGCGUGUUUGCGAAGGAAAACGGCGGAGGGUUCCUGGAUGAAAUCUACCCCAAUGCUGCCAAAGCCAUCUGGGACUUUGAAGGAAUCUUCUGCUCCUCGCGACACAUCCCCCAUGUCCGGUUCGCGGGGCUCAUCCACCCUGGAAUUCUGGGCUGUGCGCCCUCCGCGGAGGUGCUGGCGGAGUGGAAUCGGCGCGAGGGCGAGCUUAUCGCAGCGAACACGACCACACGCGAUGUUGCAAAGCCCCCGGAGCCCAAGAACGCGCAUGCCGGUAGUGCGGGCGAGGAUUUGAAAGCGAAGGUUGCUAGGGAGGGCGCGCGCACUAUCCCUGGCCGACCCGAACACGGCGGCAACUGCGACAUCAAGAACCUCUCUCGCGGCUCAAAGGUGUACCUCCCCGUGCAUGUCCCCGGGGCGAAGUUCUCCGUCGGCGAUCUGCACUUCUCCCAAGGCGACGGGGAGAUCUCCUUCUGCGGAGCGAUCGAGAUGGCCGGUGUCAUCACGAUCAAAUUCAGCGUCAUCAAGGGCGGCAUGGCCAAGUUGGACAUGAAGUCCCCGAUCUUCCAGCCCGGACCGGUGGAGCCCCAGUUCGGUCCCGGUCGGUAUCUGACCUUCGAGGGCUUUUCGGUCGAUGAGCAUGGCAAGCAGCACUACCUCGAUGCGACCGUCGCCUAUCGCCAGACCUGUCUCCGCGUGAUUGAGUAUCUCCGGAGGUAUGGGUACAGCGAUUACCAGAUCUAUCUCCUGCUUAGUUGCGCCCCGGUGCAGGGCCAUAUUGCCGGUUUGGUGGAUAUUCCGAAUGCGUGUACGACGCUGGGUGUGCCGAUGGAUAUUUUCGAUUUCGAUAUUCGGCCGGAGUCGGACGUGACGAAGUUGGAUAUGGGGAGUUGUGCGUUUACGAGUGAGUAGGGGGG